UUGUGGUAAGACUCCAUGGAGUUUGUGACAGCGCUGGUACAGCUCCAGGAGGAGUCUAGCUGCCCCAUCUGCCUGGACUACUUGAAAGACCCGGUAACGAUCAACUGUGGGCACAACUUCUGUCGCUCAUGCAUCAGCAGGACUUGGAAGGGCCUGGGUGCUCCCGCCCACUGUCCUGUCUGCCGUGUUUGCUUUCAAGACAGGAAUAUCAGGAGCAACUCCCAGCUCAGCCAUUUGACUGAAAUUGCUAAGCUGCUGCAGAUCAGAAGGAGCAAGAGGAAGAGGCAGGAAGAGAGUUCCAUGUGUGAGACGCACAACCAGCUUCUGACCCUUUUUUGUGGGAAGGACCUAGAGGUUUUAUGUACACAGUGCAGUUUCUCCAUUCAGCACCAGAAACACUGCAUUUGCCCCAUUAAGAAAGCUGCCUCUCAUCACAGGAAAAUCCUGGAAUGUACCAUUAAGCCCUUGAAGGAUAAUAUGGAACAAGUUGAAAAAGUGCUAACUCUGCAAGCCAGCAAAUCAGUUGAACUGAGAAAGCAGGUGAAAUAUAGGAGAGAAGAAAUACAUUCUGAAUUUGAGCAACUUAGACUGUUUCUACAAAAUCAGCAAGAGGAUAUUCUUCGGCAGAUGGAAGAUGAAGAGAUGGAGAUUUUAGCAAAACUAAAUGAAAACUUUGUAACAUUUACAGAUCAUGUUUCCUCAUUGAAACAUCUGCUGAGGGAGGUAGAGGGUAAGUGUGUGCAGUCAGACCUGGAAGUACUGAGGCAGGUUAAGAGUAUCCACCACAGGUAUCAAAACCUAACCCCUCCUGAACGCUUUUCAUUCCAACUAAAGAAAUAUGGGUUUAACCUUCCUCCACAGUAUUCUGGCUUUGACAGAAUUAUCAAGCCAUUUCAAGUAGAUGUGAUUCUAGACCUUGAAACAGCACAUCCGCAGCUUAUUGUCUCUGAGGAUAGAAAAAUUGUGCGAUAUGAGAAGAGAAAACAAAGCCUUUGUUAUAACCCAAGGAGAUUUUAUCUCUGCCCUGCUGUCCUGGGUUGUAACAGAUUCCAUUCUGGUAGGCAUUACUGGGAGGUAGAAGUGGGAAACAAGCCUAAAUGGACAUUGGGGGUGUGUCAAGACUGGUUUCCUAGGAACUGGCGGAGUCAGCCAGUGGUUGAGGGUGGAUUCUGGGCAGUUGGGCGGUAUGCUGAGAGUAUUUAUGUUGUGUCGGGUCCUAAGAGAAACCGUCUCCUGCCCAUGGUAGGACCCAGUAAGAUUGGCAUUUUUCUGGACUAUGACUUGGGUGAGGUUUCCUUUUACAAUCUGAGUGACAGAUCUCUUCUCUAUAGUUUUAGUGAUUCAUUUACAGAAGCCAUUUGCCCCUACUUCUAUACUGGGAUCGAUUCGGAACCUCUUAAAAUAUCUUCAGUAACAGCUGAUGAAAGUUGAAGUACCUGGGAAACAGUACAGCAUCAGUG